CAUACUUCAGGAUGACUCGCGAUGUUGCACCAAAGCUUAAUUACUUGAAGCCCGCCCUCAUCCAUUCAACGUUCUUCCCAGCCCUCCAAGGAGCUAAAACCAAGAUGAGUGCCAGCGAUAAGACAUCAUCAAUCUUCCUUACCGAUACCCAGGAAGAGAUUAAGAAUAAGAUCAAUAAAUACGCUUAUUCUGGAGGAGGAAGUACAGAGGCAGAGCAUCGGGAGAAUGGCGGCUACUGCGAUGUUGAUAUAUCCAAUCAGUAUUUGACGUUCUUAUUUGAAGAUGAUGCCCGCUUGGCUCAAAUCAAAGAGGAAUACAGCAGCGGGCGAAUGAUGACAGGUGAACUCAAGAGAGAACUCGUGGUCGUCCUACAAUCACUGAUCGGUGACAUCCAAGAGAAACGAAGGGUCGUGACCGAUGACAUCCGACGGCAUUUUAUGACUCUAGAAAGCUUAACCACAAAGCUUAAUGAUUUCCAUUGUUCAAUUAAUUAAUUUUCGUUAUUGAUUGUAUAUAAUCAUCUGGCUACCCAGCGAAAACCAACGUUCAAAAAAUUACCGCUGUCCCGUUAUAUUCACUUGAUGGCGCCCUUUACUGUUUUACUAUUGGGCCUGUUACACGAUAAGAUGACGUAACCUGGCGACCCGAUAGUUUGAAAUAAUCCAUUAAACAAUCAUACUGCCAAUGUUGCACACGCUAUUUCAGAAGUACAUUUACGUCCUUGUAAGUGAAAAUUAUAUUGUGGGACUAUCGUAAAAAGGGUUGUUUCAUCACUAAUUACCUCUAGGUCUACACCCACUGCGUCUCAUGUCUGUUUGUUUCAAUCCCAGGUAGUCUAUGCCUUGUGCGUCUAUUAACCAUUCGUUGUAAUUAGCAUACAUUUUUACUCUCUUCCCUUUUUUUCAAUUAAGGCAGACCCUUUUUCCAAUAGCCACUUCGUCUGACACAAUUUAGUAUACAGGGCAUGGGAUUGAAUAAACGGGGAAUAAAUUUAAUUUUCGUUUUCACCAAGGGCAAGAUGAAUAGUCGACGAAAUGGAAUUUAAACAAGCUUGGCAGCCGGCAAAGUAAAAAUGGCAUGACAUGUGCAUUUACAACGCGAGUGUAUUGUAGACCAAACGGUUAUUCGACCAAAUUUAUACAUGUCAUAGUACACCAAACAUGCCAAAUGGGCUUAGCCAAUAUGGUUUUAGAGUAUUCAAAAAGAUUGGUUGUGAAUACAAACUGUUAUUUUCUUUCUCUUUUUGUAUAUCGGACAAAGUGUAAUGCAAACCUAACAGAACUUCAAUCAUAUGAUAGUAGACUAAGAGGGGUUGAAGUGAUGUGGCAUUACACUUUCUGAGAGGUUUUUUUACAGCUUGUAGACCACCGUUGCAUGGCGUUCUAAUCUGUCAGUCUCUUGUCUUGAUUUACAGCAACUGUCAUUACAAUUUUUACAAUCACUUCUCAGACGCUUUCUAAAACGCAGACAAUCCUUGUCAAAAAAACUUUAAUGACAACACAGCUCUUGCCAAAAAUGGUGAGUCAAAACAGCAGUGUCGUCCUUGACUCCAGACAGACGGCAUAUUUGCAUUUUUUUUCGGCCGGUCCGAAUCUUCGGACAAGUUUCUGCUGUCCCGUUCCACUAAUUUUCGACAUAAACCUCACAACUAUCCAUCGUGGUUUGUACUGCAUUUCGAAAUGACUUGGUACGUUGUAGAAAGCUCCUGUUUAGUGAGAGUAAUUGAUGAUCACUUAUUUUUUUCUAUAUACAGUAUUGAAACUCCUUUCUGUUCUCCAGUUGUUAAGAAAAAUCUGGAAAAUAGGACAAACCAUGUUGUUAAAACAAAUCUUGAAAAGAAGACAAAGCAUAUGGUUUCAUUAAAUACAGAAAAGUUAAAAGUUAGCAUUUCUUUAGAAAAAAAAUCUGAAAUUACAAGUGACAGUUGUGACAUAUACAUUUUAUAUGAACAAUCAUAAAAUUUUAGCCCCAUAAUUUACACAAACAGUUUCAUUCAUUCGUUAUUUAAAUAGUGUAUUGGAAAUCAUCACUUAAUUCACUAAAAUAUAACUUCACACAAAACCUCGAGUUUUUGUUUAAGCUUUUAAAAAAAAUUGUGAACUAUUGUACAUUUCCCAUCAUGAAAAAAAAUUAUGAUGCAUGUAUAUUGCCCCCCCCCCAAUUGUAUGUAUAACGGAUAGAAUGAGGUUACUUAAUUUUAUUGUCCUGAAUGACUACUUACGGCUUUUCAUCAAAAUAUGAAAAAUUAUAAUCCGUUCUAACUGAUAACAAUUUCAUUGUUUUAUACAGGCUGUCCAAAUACAACGCGCAAGUGCCUAUUCAACACUCGAGUGUCCCGUAAGACACAGUAUUCUGUUUAUGAUAUAUUGAAUUAUUCAGCCAAUAGCGGUUUCUAACAUGAUGAAUGUAUUUACUUUGAUAGGAUUAUCAUCAUCUAAAAAAAUUG